AAAAAACACUCUACUCAUUCUUUCUCUCAUCUUCCUCAGUCAAUCACUACAUAAGACCACACUCACUCACUCUGCUGCUUCUCCCCAAAUCCAAAUCCACAACCACUUUCUCGUACUCACGCUUCCAUACAAUUCGAUAUUCAUUCUCUUUAACCCUUCCCUCGUUGCCUCUCUCUCUUCAAAAUUAUUUUUUUGCUUCAAUCUCUGAUCCUUUCUUCCACAAUGUCCAACUCCAGCGCCUCUUCCCUCACUAGGACCACCGGUUCCAACCGUUUCUAUAGCCCUCCGGUUUUCCGCAAAAACCAGAGACAGCAGCAGAGACGGUUCGGCUCCGGCGCGGUCGAACCGCAUUCCAAAACCGCUUCCGACGAACUCACAUUGUCCGAAACAAGUAAUUUGGAUCGUCUCUUGGCCGCACUCACCCCUUCCGUCCCCGCUCAAUCCUCCUGCGAGCCUAGAAUGAAGGGACGCAAAACCGGUGAAUCCAGUACCGGUUCAUACUUUAGACUCGAGGAUCUAUGGGAAGCUUUUAGAGAAUGGAGUGCGUAUGGAGCUGAGGUGCCGGUGAUAGGAGAUGGAGGCGUAGACGAAGCCACAAAAAUGUACUACGUCCCGUCUCUCUCCGCAAUGCAGCUCUAUGCGCUGAGUACCAGAAGGCUCGGCGAGGAGGACAACAAUGGUGCUGGUUCUAACAAUGAGACAAGCAACUCACCUGGGCAGCUUGUCUAUGAAUAUCUUGAAGGAACUCAGCCACAUUUUCGCCCUCCUUUCCAUGACAAGGUUUCUAUUCUUGCUUCUGAGUUUCCCUUUCUUAAGAAGUAUAGGAGCUGUGAUAUAUCACCUUUUAGUUGGUUUUCCGUAGCCUGGUAUCCUAUUUACAGAAUACCAGUCGGAUCAUCACUCAAGAGGGUGGAUGCAUGUUUCCUAACCUUCCAUUCCCUGUCAAUGUCAGUUCACUAUCCAAUGAUAAGUCAACCACUGUCUCAUCCUUGUAGAGGUGGCAGGAAGGUCCAUGGAGUUGAGGGAUCAUUAGAUAUAUCACUUCACCCUUUUGCCCUUGCUUCUUAUAAGUUGAGAGGCUCAAUUUUGGCUCCUAACAGAGACUCUGAGUGGCAAAAACUGGAUUCUUUAUUGCAAGAUGCUGGUGUCUGGCUACAUACAUUGCAGGUCAAACACCCAGAUUACCAGUACUUUGUUAACCGUAGUUCCCAUUAGAGAUGAUGGAGGAUAUGAUUUAAAAUGUUCUUCCAUAUCCUCAGAGGAGUUUCUGCUAUAGAUUGUACGGCAUGGGAUGAAAGCGGAUUGCCUUGCAUGAAACCUCUUCUAACUAGAUUCAGUCUCCAACUUUCAGUUAUUUUUGGUUCGUCCAUAGGAGUUGCGGUAUAGUACACUUACAAGUCAUCCAUUUCCUGAAUUUGGUCAGGAUAUACUGAUAUGUUGUUUAUGACUCAACUAUAUUAAAAUCCAUGAAAGGUUGGAGAUCAUAGGAACCUGUAUGCCAUUAGAGUAAGGCAUGAGGCAUGAAAGAAGUGCCCAUAGUAAAAGAAAUUGAGAUUAUAAGGCCCCGUUUUUUUCCCUUGUUUGGGGCAAUUCAAACUUUAUAAUUCUUGAAAUGAGGAUAAAUCUGUAUCUUGAUAAUUUCCGUGGUCUAUGUAUAUUGAAAAAUUGGGCAUAGUUGUCGAAAUUUGGAAAAACUUGUUCUCGUCA